AAUCCCUUCAAAACCUCUUUCCUUCUCUUCUCAUCACCUCCUCCUAAAAAUUGGUCAAAUCUCAUACCUCUUUUUUCAUUUGCAUAUUCUUUCUUAUCAUAAAUCUUUUCUUGUCUAAAGAUCAAAUUAGUGUUUAUCUCUCUGCCCAUAGUCUUUGACACCCUUGUCCAACUUCUAGAACAACAAUUUUCUUCUUCAUAUAAUCAUCUCAUACACACAAUCUCCUCAACCAUCCAUUACAAUAAACCCAUAUAAACUUCCUUAAUUAGAAACCCUCUAAACUCAUUAUUAAACUUUGAUUUAUUGCUCUUAUAACCUUCACAGAGAAAUCUUGUUUUCUUUGUUAAUAUAGUUAUUAUGAAUGAUUGAAAAACAACACAAAUGUCUCCAGUAAUCUGUGAGAUCUCUGGUUUUAUGAUAAACUCCACUCUCAGACGCAGGACACAUUUAGUUCAAUCUUUCUCUGUUGUUUUCCUCUAUUGGUUCUAUAUUUUCUCAUGAACUAACCCUAUUUUUUCCAAUUUUCUUUCCAAUACAAAUCUAGUUUCAUUCUAUCUAUCUAAUCAAUUUAACUAUCUAAUUAAAUACUAAUUACCACUAUCUAAAUCGCCACAUCAAAGUUUUUGAGUCUUAAGCGAACAGUCGCAUCUGCAAUUGAGGCUGCAUCAAUCAAAUCAAAGAUCGCAACUCGCGACCGCGAUUUAAAACCUAACUACCUAUGGCUUCUCCUGGUGGAGCAUAUUCAUCUGGAACAAGCUCUCUUCAAAACUCUGGAUCUGGAUCAGAGGGAGAUAUUCAACAACAACAGGUGCAUGUUAUGGAUCAAAAGAAAAGGAAGAGAAUGCAAUCGAAUAGGGAAUCGGCACGAAGAUCAAGAAUGAAGAAACAACAACACAUGGAAGAUCUUAACAACCAAAUUGAAUAUCUAAAAAAAGAGAACAAUCAAAUAAGCAGAAACGUAGGGGUAACUACUCAGAUGUACCUGAACGUGGAAGGUGAGAAUGCGAUUCUUAGGGUUCAGAUGGCUGAACUUAGCAACAGGUUGCAAUCGCUGAAUGAUAUCAUAAAUUACAUUGAAUCAAGCAAUUCAUUGUUUCAGGAGACUGAUCAAUUGUUUAAUGAUUGUGGAUUCUUCGAUACAUGGAACUCUUUUCCUGUUAAUCAACCAAUCAUGGCUUCUGCUGACAUGUUGAUGUACUGAUUGAUUGAUUGAUGAAUUUUGGCUUGAAUUUUAGGGAAUGGCUUUUGGUUGCUUCUUGGUGUUAGUUGACUGUGUAACAACCCCUGUUUGGCUUGUGUCUAGUAUUUCUUUAUUUUCUUUUAUUUUAAUAUGUUAUAUUAUGAGUGAAAAAAUAUGUUAUAUUAUAAGUUUAUAUCAGAUGUAUUAAGGGGUUGUCUAAGAAAAAUAUCAGAUGUAUUAAGUUCUGUGUCUAUGUAUGUUUUGGAAGGGGAUUAUUUUUUUUUUGGAUGAUUAUGGCUUUAUGCAAUUGGAAAGUCUCUCACCAUUACAUUAUUACCAA